UAAAUGUAAAUUAAGUUUAAUUAACCUUGUACUAAAAAAUAAAUAAGUACAAACAAAUUUAAUUCUUCAACAUUAUUUAGAAUUAUUAUGUCUUAAUGUAAACGAUACUAUUGUUUACAUUUCUAUUGUGUCAUCAUCUAAGAUAAAAUUAAAUGAACAUUUAAUAAUUAAACGCCGCCAAUAAAACCCCUACACACACCAAAAACAAAAUAAAAAUAAUAACGCCUUAAAAUGUUAAAGGACUUUGAAGAUAAUUACAAUGAAAACUUAUUGGAUUAUCAUAAUGAUGAACAGGUUAAGGCUCAGAUAGUGCCCGUGCAAACCAAAACCCUACAACAUUUGCCCAAACGACCAGCAGUGGAUUUGGCUUUUCACAAUUUAACCUACAGAGUUAAGGAGGGCAGCAGAAGCAAUGCCAAAACUAUACUCAAAGGUGUCAGUGGACGUUUACGUUCAGGUGAACUUACUGCCAUUAUGGGACCAUCUGGAGCUGGCAAAAGUACUCUGCUUAAUAUUUUAUCAGGAUAUAAAACCUCCAACAUUGAAGGCAGUGUAACAAUGAAUGGUCAUGAACGUAAUAUUAGUGCAUUCCGUAAAUUAUCCGCCUACAUUAUGCAAGACAAUCAAUUGCAUGGCAAUUUGACCGUACAAGAAGCAAUGACAGUGGCCACAAAUUUGAAAUUAAGUAAAAAAUUCACUAAAGCAGAAAAAAUGUCAAUGAUCGACGAUAUCCUUUUGACUUUAAGUUUAAGCGAACACCGUAACACCUUGACACGCAAUCUUUCGGGUGGUCAAAAGAAACGUCUAUCAAUUGCUUUGGAAUUGGUUAGCAAUCCACCUAUUAUGUUCUUCGAUGAACCCACUUCGGGUCUUGACAGUUCCACCUGUUUCCAAUGUAUCAAUCUUUUGAAAAUGUUAGCUGAAGGUGGUCGUACCAUUAUCUGUACCAUACAUCAACCUUCGGCCCGUCUUUUCGAAAUGUUCGAUCAAUUGUAUACGCUUGCCGAUGGUCAGUGUGUUUAUCAGGGUAGUACCAAACAAUUAGUGCCUUUCUUGUCCACUUUAAAUCUGGAAUGUCCCAGUUAUCACAAUCCUGCUAGUUAUAUCAUUGAGGUAGCUUGUGGUGAACAUGGUGAUCACACCAGACGUUUGGUAGAUGCCAUAGAUAAUGGUAAAAAGGAUAUACGCUCAUCGGCCGAUUAUGCUGGACUGAAGGCUCGCAAUGAUUUAAUUAAGGUACAAAACCUUAAAGCUAUACUCGAUAAAAAUGAUGCGGCCAAUUCGACAAGUGGCAAAUAUGAGGAUAAUUUAACUUUAAACAAUGGCAUACUUAAGGGUAAUUUAGUUAACGAUAUUGCCAAACAAUCUGUGGAGCCGGUAGUGAGUACAAAUGAAAAAGGUGAUGCCAUGAUUGAACUGGAAAAGACAGAUAAUUGUACGACAGCUUUGUUGUCGGCGGAUAUUGCUUCACCCGAACGUUAUCCAACCUCACAAUUCCAUCAGUUUUGGGUUGUACUAAAACGUACUCUACUCUUCAGUUAUCGUGAUUGGACUCUUAUGUACUUGCGUUUGUUUGCUCAUUUAUUGGUUGGUUUCCUGAUCGGUGCUCUCUACUAUGAUAUUGGCAAUGAUGGUGCUAAGGUUUUAAGUAAUUUGGGUUUCCUGUUCUUCAACAUGUUGUUCUUAAUGUACACUUCCAUGACAAUUACGAUUUUAUCAUUCCCUCUCGAAAUGCCGGUAUUGCUAAAAGAAAACUUUAAUCGAUGGUAUUCGCUGAAGUCCUAUUAUUUGGCUAUAUCGGUAGCAGAUAUUCCAUUCCAGGCCAUUUUCUGUAUUAUUUACGUAUCCAUAGUCUACUACUUUACGUCUCAACCAUGGGAGCUAUUCCGUUUCUCUAUGUUUUUGGGAGCCUGUCUGAUGAUCUCAUUUGUAGCACAAUCGGUGGGUUUGGUUGUCGGUGCCGCCAUGAAUGUACAAAAUGGUGUCUUCUUAGCUCCUGUCAUGUCAGUGCCCUUCUUGCUAUUCUCUGGUUUCUUUGUAUCAUUCGAUGCUAUACCCGUGUAUCUAAGAUGGAUCACUUACUUGUCUUACAUCAGAUACGGUUUCGAAGGUACUGCUUUGGCCACCUACGGUUAUGGACGUGAGAAACUCAAGUGCUUCCAAACCUAUUGUCAUUUCAAAUCGCCCAUGACCACUUUGGAGGAAUUGGAUAUGGUUAAUGCUGACUAUACUUUGGAUAUAGUGGCCUUGGUUGUUAUAUUUGUCGUCUUAAGAGUGUCAGCUUAUCUAUUCUUGAAAUGGAAGUUGAAGACAGCUCGUUAAGAUUACUUUAACGUACAAGAAUUUAAAAGCAAUUUCUUUUUAUUUUAUCAUUAUUAUUUUUUUAAUUAAUUAAAAAAAGGGAAUAUCGUUUAGAUAGAUCCCUUUAGUUUUCUUUUUAGUUUGUUUUUAUAGUUUUUAAGUAUAUAUGUAUCUUGCUCUGCGAUUAUGAAGAAACAAAAAAACAAAAACGUGAUUUAAUUGUUAUUUUUUAAAUAAAAUAUAAAACAAAAA